AUGGGUUCCAUUGUUCUGCCUCACUUGCGAUCAGCCUGGCACGUUGACCAGGCCAUUUUAUCUGAAGAAGAGCGCCUUGUGGUCAUCCGGUUUGGCCGCGAUCACGAUCCCGACUGCAUUCGUCAAGAUGAAGUCCUCUACAAAAUUGCCGAACGAGUGAAGAACUUCGCCGUGAUCUACCUCUGCGACCUCGACGAGGUACCCGACUUCAGCACCAUGUACGAGCUUUACGACCCGAUGACGAUCAUGUACUUCUAUCGAAACAAACAUAUGAUGUGCGAUUUUGGUACGGGUAACAACAACAAGUUGAACUGGGUGCUGGAGGACAAGCAGGAGUUGAUCGACAUCAUCGAGACCAUCUACAAGGGCGCAAAGAAGGGUCGUGGUUUGGUCGUCAGCCCAAAGGAUUACUCGACCAGAUACCGGUACUAA